GAGGUAAAGAAGGAGCCCAAGGAGGUGAACGUGACAAAGGAGGAGGCUGAGGAGGAGCUGCCCCAGCAGAGAGAGAAGAGUGCAGGGAACGUGGCCAACCUGGUCCAGAGAAUGAGCACCUACGGAUUCCCAGCUGGGGGCUUCCAGCCACACUCACAGCCCCGUGGACUAAAGAAGAGUAAGUUGUGUGUGUGCUGGCUGUGCUUUCAUCUUUAGAAUCACAUGUUGUCUCCACUGAAGCACUACCUGAAACUAGGAAGAAUGCCCAGGGUCUUACCCAUUCAUUUCUGUGGACUUAAUCUACCAUAGGCUAAAGCCUGCUGCACACAGAGGGAACCCACACAUAUAACUCUCAGAAUAAACUGCUUUCAUUUCUUGUUUUCCAUCUCACUGUGGGAGGAAGGAAAUCAGUUGUCUGUUCUCUGAAGUGUGUCAAAUGUAUUAAAAAGAUUGUAGGCGCAUACUGGAUAUAGCCUAUAUAUUUCCUGCUCCUGUAUUUGAAUGUUUGUCUGCUAAUCAUGGAGGCUUUUCUUCCACAUUGAGCCUUUGUAUAGCAUACACACAUUCUCGUGUGACAUUUGUGAAUAGAACUUGAUUUAAUUAAUGUGUCAACAAGAGCAGGGUUACUUGAAGGUCAAGCCCCUAUUGAAAUGCAGCAUUAAAGUGGAGAUGACGAACUUCUGAUAAUCGUCUGUUCGUCUCUGCAGGAAACUCCCACUAGCCCAUGCCCACCAAUCCAAUGCUUUUAGAUUUGUGGGAAGAAGUGAAUGAGUGUACACUUCAGAAGAAAGGAGAAAUUAUUAGAACUCAGCCCCUGUGUGCAGCUGUGCUUGUUCAGAGGGGCGUGUCCUGCCACAUUAUCACCUUGCUGAAAAGUCCCAUAGUGCUCCUAGCAGGAGGGGAGUGUUCUCCUCCUCCACUUCCUGGAUCCAGACACCCUUCCCACACUGCCCUCAGGCACACCAGGGUAUACACACACACCAUAAACAAACACCCAUGCACACGCGUCCAGGACUUUUGCGCUUUAGCCGACCCAUUGAGCAGCGAGCGGACUGUUGUAACUGGUGUUCCUAGCCUUCUCAGGCUCCUGUCUUUUGUUGUUGUUGUUGCAGAGUCUAAGAAGCGGCAGUGCAAGGCGCUGUUUGAUUACAUGCCCCAGAACGAGGAUGAGCUGGAGCUGAAGAUAGGGGAUACCAUCGACAUCAAUGAGGAGGUGAGGCUAGUGCUUCAUUACACUGCCCUAUAUUGAGCCAUUUACACAACAACUGAAAUAUAAGUCAUGUGAAUAAAUGAUGGUUAAUACGUGAUAAGCAGUAAUGGGCAGUCACUACCACCAUGGGACUUUUAUUAAUUGUUUUAUUCUGUGUUACAGCAUUCAAACCCACAUAAUGCAUAAUUAAUUUCAUGUUUAAAAACAUAAUCAAAACAGAAAUAAAGGUAAUUUUUUUAAAUAAUCAAACCAACCUCAAAAAGCACUAAUCGCCCAGCACUAACCUUAGGCUAUAGGCUAAUGUUGUAACUUGGUGAUUUAUGAUAUGUUAUAUUAUUCUAAUGUGGUUAGAUUUUUACAUCAGGUAUUCAGAGGGUUCUGUUUGGUUGUUCCAGGUAGAGGAAGGCUGGUGGAGUGGAACCAUGAACGGCAAAUCAGGACUGUUCCCCUCCAACUUCGUCAAAGAGAUUGAGACGAACGAAGAUGGAGAGACGGAUGACGUAACAGAUGAAACCGGUAAUAAUGGAGCUAACAAAGCGUGACUCGUGUUCAAUCAGCGCAUGUCAUAACAAGUUAGAGCUGCUAAUGGAUUUAGGUUAUUUGCUGGAUCUCCAGGCUUUUGUUUCUAUUAUUGUAUCUAGAUAAGAGAGCCCUAUAGCCUACCUGUUGUGACAGGUGCAUAUGUACAGGCUAUAGUGCCUGUGUUUGUGUGUGUGUGUGUGUUUGUGUUUGUGUGUGUGUGUGUGUGGGCGAGCGUGUGUGUGUUCUUCUCAUGCACAUAUACAAAUGUACUUGUUUCUGUUUUGUUCCAUUAUACAUUUUGUCCUUCCCACAGACGGUAGCGGUAAAGAAGCUCUGCUCCCCCCAACCCCCACGUCCCCCAUCGACCCCUCUCCAGGCAACGGAGUGAUCGCCCAGCCCAAGAAGAUCCGGGGGGUGGGCUUCGGGGACAUCUUCAAGGAAGGCUCAGUCAAGCUGAAGGUCCGCCUGCCCAGCGCAGAGGGAGAAGAGAAGAGAGACAAAGUAAGUGAGCUGAGCCAGGACUGAGAGAUGUCUGUCUGAGAACUCACUCACAGGGAGUCAUGGACCUCAACAGGUCCCAAUAAGGCUCACAUAUUUCCCCUUAAAAUAGGCCAAAGUCCUCUGAGAACUAAUUCACAAUUAAGAGGAAGAUGGGCAUGCUUUUUAAGUGUCCAAAAAGUUUCCAACUGUCAUAUGUUACAUAACACUAUAAAAAUAGUAAGGAAUGUUAGCAUGUUGAUACUGAGGAUCAUAUCACAAAAGUCAGAAAUGUAUUCCAACUGGAUUGCAUUAACACCAAUGCUGGUGUAUGAAAUAAUUUUACAUUGGAUAAUGUUGGUUUAUGAACUUGUUUUACGUUAGCUAACAUUCUGAGUUCAGCCACUUUUACACAGUCAGUAUUGUUUAGUGUUGCAUGAAGGAGUAAUCGUAGGUGUAGCUGGCCUUUUGGAAUCCCCUGAGUGUUUGUUUAAGUCCUGGGAGAGGUGGCGCAGCGUAGCGUGGGUUGGGUUUCUUUGUCAACCCUUCCACAUCCUCAGCUUUGUUUUGUUCACUAAUUGUUUGGAUGGCAGGCAGGCAGUUUUCCCUGCUCCCUCUAACUGACCUAGUUUCCUGGCAUCAUAUCUAAGGGACAUAUUUCAGAGUGUGUUUCUAAGGUAGCUAUUUCAGUGUGUUUCUGAUGGAGAUAUUUCAGUGUUUCUAGGAGAUAGACUAUACAGUUGAAGUCGGAAGUUUACAUACACUUAGGUUGGAGUCAUUAAAACUUGUUUUUCAACCACUCCACAAAUCUUUUGUUAACAAACUAUAGUUUUGGCAAGUCGGUUAGGACAUCUACUUUGUGCAUGACACAAGUAAUUUUUCCAACAAUUGUUUACAGACAGAUUAUUUCACAUAUAAUUCACUGUAUCACAAUUGGGUCAGAAGUUUACAUACACUAAGUUGACGGUGUCUUUAAACAGCUUGGAAAAUUCCAGAAAAUGAUGUCAUGGGUUCAGAAGCUUCUGAUAGGCUAAUUGACAUAAUUUGAGUCAAUUGGAGGUGUACCUGUGGAUGUAUUUCAAGGCCUACCUUCAAACGCAGUGCCUCUUUGCUUGACAUCAUGGGAAAAUCAAAAGAAAUCAGCCAAGAUCUCAGAAAAAAAAUUGUAGACCUCCACAAGUCUGGUUCAUCCUUGGGAGCAUUUUCCAAACGCCUGAAGGUACUGCGUUCAUCUGUACAAACAAUAGUACAUCAUACCGCUCAGGAAGGAGACGCGUUCUGUCUCCUGGAGAUGAACGUACUUUGGUGCGAAAAGUGCAAAUAAAUCCCAGAACAACAGCAAAGGACCUUGUGAAGAUGCUGGAGGAAAUGGGUACAAAAGUAUCUAUAUCCACAGUAAAACAAGUCCUAUAUCGACAUAACCUGAACGGUCGCUCAGCAAGGAAGAAGCCACUGCUCCAAAACCGCCAUAAAAAAGCCAGACUACGGUUUGCAACUGCACAUGGGGACAAAGAUCGUACUUUUUGGAGAAAUGUCCUCUGGUCUGAUGAAACAAAAAUAUAACUAUUUGGCCAUAAUGACCAUCGUUAUGUUUGGAGGAAAAGGGGGGGUGCUUGCAAGCCGAAGAACACCAUCCCAACCGUGAAGAACGGGGGUGGCAGCAUCAUGCUGUGGUGGUGCUUUGCUGCAGGAGGGACUGGUGCACUUCACAAAAUAGAUUUACAUUUACAUUUUUAGUCAUUUACCAGACGCUCUUAUCCAGAGCGACUUACAGGAGCAAUUAGGGUUAAGUGCCUUGCUCAAGGGCACAUCGACAGAUUUUUCACCUAGUCGGCUCGGGGAUUAGAACCAGCGACCUUUCGGUUACUGGCACAACGCUCUUACCCACUAAGCUACCUGCCGCCAUGAGGAAGGAAAAUGUAUGUGGAUAUAUUGAAGCAACAUCUCAAGACAUCAGUCAGAAAGUUAAAGCUUGGUCGCAAAUGGAUUUUCGAAAUGGACAAUGACCCCAAGCAUACUUCCAAAGUUGUGGCAAAAUGGCUUAAGGACAACAAAGUCAAGGUAUUGGAGUGGCCAUCACAAAGCCCUGACCUCAAUCCUAUAGAACAUUUGUGGGCAGAACUGAAAAACCAUGUGCGAGCAAGGAGGCCUACAAACCUGACUCAGUUACACCAGCUCUGUCAGGAGGAAUGGGCCAAAAUGCACCCAACUUAUUGUGGGAAGCUUGUGGAAGGCUACCCGAAAUGUUUGACCCAAGUUAAACAAUUUAAAGGCAAUGCUACCAAAUACUAAUUGAGUGUAUGUAAACUUCUGACUCCGUGGGAAUGUGAUGAAAGAAAUAACAGCUGAAAUAAAUUAUUCUCUCUACUAUUAUUCUGACAUUUCACAUUCUUAAAAUAAAGUGGUGAUCCUAACUGACCUAAGACAGGGAAGUUUUACUAGGAUUACAUUUCAGGAAUUGUGAAAAACUGAGUUUAAAUGUAUUUGGCUAAGGUGUAUGUAAACCUCCGACUUCAACUGUAUAUACAAAAGUAUGUGGACACCCUUUCAAAUUAGUGGAUUCGUCUAUGUCAGCCACACCCGCUGCUGACAGGUUUAUAAAAUCGAGCACACAGCCAUGCAAUCUCCAUAGACAAACAUUGGCAGUAGAAUGACCUUACUAAAGAGCUCAGUGACUUUCAACGUGGCACUGUCAUAGGAUGCCACCUUUCCAACAAGUCAUUUCUUCAAAUUUCUGCCCUGCUAGAGCUGCCCCAGUCAACUGUAAGUGCUGUUAUUGUGAAGUGGAAACAUCUAGGAGCAACAACGGCUCAGCCGCGAAGUGGUAGGCCACAUAAGCUCACAGAAUGGGACCACCGAGUGCUGAAGCACGUAGCGCAUAAAUAUCCUCUGUCCUCGGUUGCAACACUCACUACCGAGUUCCAAACUUUAGCACAAUAUCUGUUCGUUGGGAGCUUCAUGAAAUGGGUUUCCAUGGCCGAGCAGCCGCACACAAGCCUAAGAUCACCAUGAGCAAUGCCAAGUGUCGACUGGAGUGGUGUAAAGCUCGCUGCCAUUGGACUCUGGAGCAGUGGAAACACGUUCUCUGGAGUGAUAAAUCAUGCUUCACCAUCUGGCAGUCCAACGGAUUAAUCUGGGUUUGGCGGAUGCCAGGACAACGCUACCUGCCCCAAUGCAUAGUGCCAAGUGUAAAGUUUGGUGGAGGAGGAAUAAUGGUCUGGGGCUGUUUUUCAUGGUUUGGGCUAGUUUGGGCCCUUAGUUCCAGUGAAGGGAAAUCUUAACGCUACAGCAUAUAAUAACAUUCUAGACGAUUCUGUGCUUCCAACUUUGUGGCAACAGUUUGGGGAAGGCCCUUUCCUGUUUUAGCGUGACAUACAGAAAUGGUUUGUCAAGAUUGGUGUGGAAGAACUUGACUGGCCUGCACAGAGGCCUGACCUCAACCCCAUCGAACACCUUUGAGAUGAAUUGAAACGCCGACUGUGAGCCAGGCCUAAUCACCCAACAUCAGUGCCCAACCUCACUAAUGCUCUUGUGGCUGAGUGGAAGCAAGCCCCCGCAUCAAUGUUCCAACAUCUAGUGGAAAGCCUUCCCAGAAGAGUGGAGGCUGUUAUAGCAGCAAAGGGGGGACCAACUCCAUAUUAAUGCCCAUGAUAUUGGAAUGAGAUGUUCAACGAACAGGUGUCCACAUACUUUUGGUCAUGUAGAGUAUUUCAGUGUGUUUCUGAGGGAGUUUCUGAGGGAGUUUGUCUGUGUUUACAGACAAACUGCAGCAGCACAUCCAGAUUAAUUUGCGACAUCCUUUAUUUGCAUUAAUAGUGAUAACUGAAUUAAUAGUCCCGCUAAUAGCGCACUGUAGGUUUCAGUUGACGAUUUCUAGCAUCCAUUUAACCCCCUCUGAAACUCUUCUCUCUUUCUCCUCCUCCCCCUCCUUUGUCAUGGCAGCGUUGGUUCAGUCUUCGUCCCACAGCUUACAACAUGGCAUAUUCCAUUACGCUGUCGUUCAGUCACUCCAUCAGUAGAUGCAUCUCCUCUCUCUCUCUCUUUCUCUUUCUCUCUCUUUCACUCUCUCUCUCUCUCUGCUCUCUCUCUCUUCUCGUGACUCAACGGCUUGUUGCUCUCAAUCCAUAGGACAUUCCUCUCAGCCGAGACAAAACACAGACUACCUUAGGCCUGCCUGGCUCUACCACUUGUCUCUCUGCUCGCUCCGUAACUAACAAAGGCUUGCUGUUCCAUGUCGAUUCUUUCCCAUCCCAAGCUUUCUGAUGUUGGUCUAACUCUUUUAACCCAUGUGACAUACUCUGUAGUAGACUGGCAAACUCUUCACAAACACUGACCUGCACGCUGACUGACACACUGUCUGUUGACCAAUCAGUGAGUCCGUUGAUGGCUCUGUGUUCAUUCCGGUCAGGAAUGUGGUGGAAACCAUCUGGGCAUUGCGCUGUGCAUCUAAUCAUGUCAGUAAAUCCAUCUGUGGUUUGCUUCAUUUUAGCCAAUCCCAUCAUUACCAUCUGCCGCAAAGCCCGCCCAUUCCAUCACGACAGACUCCCAGAAAGCAGAGGGGGACAGCAAAGCAAAAGGUAAGGGAGAGGGUAAAGGUCCCAGUGUUUCUAAUUAGAAGUGACUGUUUUAUGCUAAAUGUAAUCUAGUGUUGUGUUCUCAGACAUUACACUUGAUCAUCAUAACACAACAUUUAUGGUGUUUUAUUGUGUUUCUUACAUGUUGUUCUUACAUUGAGGGUAGGUUCAAGGGGUAUAUAUUGUGGGAGAAUGUGUAACUACAAUCACACAGUUGCUACAUAGCUAAGCGUUCAACUUUUAAAGCCAACUGCAGUGUUAGGAUUAGCCAAUGGUAAUGGUAUCACUAGGAAAAAAAACGUAUCACAUCCAUUACUUAACUGGUGUUCAUGUAUUCUGUGUGUGUGGUUUGUUUGUCAAUGACUCCAUUUCUCAACAAGAGUGUUGUUCCUCUUUCCCCAGUAAAAGAAUACUGCAAGGCCACCUUUUCUUUUGAGUCCACAAACGAAGACGAGCUGACACUGAAAGAGGGUGACGUCAUACAGAUAUUGAGUAAGGUAAGUAAAGCCACCCUGACCAGCAACAAAUCCGUGGCCCUAGCCUAUACUCAGUGGAAAAGCUUAAAGCUACUACUACUGCUACUACUUCAACCGUCUCCAUUUGCUAGUCAAAAUGUUUUCAAACAGACUACAUAACUGUCCAUCUUGUAAGGGAGAGAGGUAAGUAGAGGAUCUAUAGGCUUGUUCCCAGCCCUGUGUCUACACUUUAAGCCUGGCAAAUGUGCCACAUAUAAACAGGAUUUAUUUGGUCCUGGUCAACAUGGUUCUUCCCAGACCGUGGUCUUCAGUGUGUUAAUCUCACCCCCAGACCAGACCCAGGUGUAGUCGUACUGAUUGUGCUCAUCCAUCUUACUGCACACUCUCCAACCCUGUUCUUCCCUAGUGACGUAGGUGAAUGUUGUGAGCAAGAACUGGACCAGGACCCCAGGGACAGAUUUUAGUAUUUAGUCCUAAUGCUUCGUAUUGGGAUGUAGGUACACCUGGGUAGUUUGCAGUAGGCACGACAACAUUUUGAAUCAGAAAAAUAAAAUGAGUGAUCCUCUUAUUGGACCAGUUCAGGUAGUACCUUUCCAUUUCAAAAUGAUCUCAAAAUGCCCACUAAACACGAUGCUCAUCACCAACGAGCACCCUGCUGUGUUUUGGAAGCAGCAUGAUGAGAGGAAGCUGUCGUCAUAGCAAGUAGGUGAUCUAUGGCAGUUAGCUUUACUUGAUGUUGGCCAGAGACUGGGGACUUGGGUCCCUGUUGAAUUUCACACCCUGAAGAAAAGCAUUAAUGCCCUGACUGGGAACGCGGUCAAGACAUAAUGCUAGUCUGUCUGGAGAGGUUGAGUUACCAUUAAGAGGUUAUGUGUCUCUCUAAUCAUGGUUUGUUAUUUAAGGCAGACACAUUAUGACAGUACAUGUUUCGCUGUGGGUAAAUCAUGAUGUUUAAGCGCCAUCUAGUGUCCAUUAAGCAGAUUUAUGUUCAAGUUCAAGGGCUGCAUUCAGCAUGAUUUGAAAUCUAAAGGCAAUGUUUCUGCGUUCGCGGAGACUGCAUUCACAGUAAACGCUGCAUAUGUGAAUGCUGCAUCUAACAUGAAGUGAGGCUGUGGAGAUGCCUUUUAUCAGCUCUGAAGCUGAUCUAAGCUGAUUAUAUUGAAUCAAGGUCAUCAUUGUCUAUUCAGAGGAGAUGGAGAAUUUGUUUUGAUGACAAAAUGGCCUGAUGCAGACAUUUAGAACGUUUCUCAGACUCCUGUCUACCAACUGUCUGUAUUAUGAUGUUCUGUGCUUUUAUCUUAGCCUUUUCAUCAUAAUGUUUGAAAAGUGGUUUACCAAUACAGUUCUUGUUAUGUUUCAGGACACGGGGGAGCCGGGGUGGUGGAGAGGGGAGGUCGGAGGUAAAGAGGGGGUCUUUCCUGACAACUUUGUGACUGUUAUGUCAGAUGAAGACAAAGAGGUAAGAUAAAAGUGGUAGUGAACGUCAGAACCCAUAUGUGUUUCCUUGUGUCCCCUAGUAGCCUAUGUGUAAAGUCAUUCAUUUGUCUAAGGAUCAUACAUGUUUAGUUAUAAAAACAUACAUACACUGCUCAAAAAAAUAAAGGUAACACUUAAACAACACAUCCUAGAUCUGUAUGAAUGAAAUAAUCUUAUUAAAUACUUUUUUCUUUACAUAGUUGAAUGUGCUGACAACAAAAUCACACAAAAAUGAUCAAUGGAAAUCAAAUUGAACAACCCAUGGAGGUCUGGAUUUGGAGUCACCCUCAAAAUUAAAGUGGAAAACCACACUACAGGCUGAUCCAACUUUGAUGUAAUGUCCUUAAAAGUCAAAAAGUCAAAAUGAGGCUCAGUAGUGUGUGUGGCCUCCACGUGCCUGUAUGACCUCCCUACAACGCCUGGGCAUGCUCCUGAUGAGGUGGCGGAUGGUCUCCUGAGGGAUCUCCUCCCAGACCUGGACUAAAGCAUCCGCCAACUCCUGGACAGUCUGUGGUGCAAUGUGGCAUUGGUGGAUGGAGCGAGACAUGAUGUCCCAGAUGUGCUCAAUUGGAUUCAGGUCUGGGGAACGGGCGGGCCAGUCCAUACAUCUCAAUGCCUACCUCUUGCAGGAACUGCUGACACACUCCAGCCACAUGAGGUCUAGCAUUGUCUUGCAUUAGGAGGAACCCAGGGCCAACCGCACCAGCAUAUGGUCUCACAAGGGGUCUGAGGAUCUCAUCUCAGUACCUAAUGGCAGUCAGGCUACCUCUGGCGAGCACAUGGAGGGCUGUGCGGCCCCCCAAAGAAAUGUCACCCCACACCAUGACUGACCCACCGCCAAACCGGUCAUGCUGGAGGAUGUUGCAGGAAGCAGAACGUUCUCCACGGCGUCUCCAGACUCUGUCACGUCUGUCACAUGUGCUCAGUGUGAACCUGCUUUCAUCUGUGAAGAGCACAGGGCGCCAGUGGCGAAUUUGCCAAUCUUGGUGUUCUCUGGCAAAUGCCAAACGUCCUGCACGGUGUUGGGCUGUAAGCACAACCCCCACCUGUGGAUGUCGGGCCCUCAUACCACCCUCAUGGAGUCUGUUUCUGACCAUUUGAGCAGACACAUGCACAUUUGUGGCCUGCUGGAGGUCAUUUUGCAGGGCUCUGGCAGUGCUCCUCCUGCUCCUCCUUGCACAAAGGCGGAGGUAGCAGUCCUGCUGCUGGGUUGUUGCCCUCCUACGACCUCCUCCACGUCUCCUGAUGUACUGGCCUGUCUCCUGGUAGCGCCUCCAUGCUCUGGACACUACGCUGACAGACACAGCAAACCUUCUUACCACAGCUCGCAUUGAUGUGCCAUCCUGGAUGAGCUGCACUACCUGAGCCACUUGUGUGGGUUGUAGACUCCGUCUCAUGCUUCCACAAAAGUGACCGAAAACAUCAGCCAGGAAGCAUAGGAACUGAGAAGUGGUCUGUGGUCACCACCUGCAGAACCACUUCUUUAUUGGGGGUUUCUUGCUAAUUGCCUAUAAUUUCCACCUGUUGUCUAUUCCAUUUGCACAACAGCAUGUGACAUUUAUUGUCAAUCAGUGUUGCUUCCUAAGUGUACAGUUUGAUUUCACAGAAGUGUGAUUGACUUGGAGUUACAUUGUGUUGUUUAAGUGUUCCCUUUAUUUUUUUGAGCAGUGUAUAUUUUUUAAAUAAACUGUCUUCAUGUUGCAGCCAGCUCCCACAUCAAGAGGAUCAGUCAAAAUGUCUCCCAAGCAGGAAGCAGAAGAGGUACGCUGGGCUGUCCACAUGCUUGUGUUAAAGUGCAUGGUGUUGGUGUAUGCUCACAUAAUUCAUAUGGGCCUCUUCCAUUGA